AAUCUUUAAAAAAAAUGCACUUUUAAAGUGUACAGUUCAGUGGUUUUAGUAUAUUCACAGAUACGUGUCAUCCUUUCCACAGUUGAUUUUAGAACAUUUAGAUCCUCAAAAAGGUACCCUGUACCCUUUAGUUAUCACUCUUUAUGUUCUUAUUCUCUCUCCUUCCCCCGAAAUACCACUAAUCUAUGUUCUGUCUCUAUGGAUUUCCCUAUUCUGGACAUUUCAUAAAAAAACAUCUAUCAAUAUGAAAUAUCUUUUGUGACUGGUUGUUUCACUUAGUAUAAUGUUUUCAGGGCUCACCCACACUGCAGCAUGUCUUAAUACAUGACUUCUAAUUGUGGCCAAAUAAUACUGCAUUCUCUGGUGGUCACACACUUUGCUUACCCAUCCAUCAGUUGAUGGACAUUUGGGUGGUUUCCACUUUUUGGCUAUUAUGAAUAAUGCUGCCAUUCACAUUUGUGCACAUGUGCUUGUGUGAACAUCUGCUUUCAUUCUCUCAGGUAUAUACCCGGGAGUGGAAUUGCCAGGUCAAAUGAUAACUGUAUGUUGAACCAUUUGAGGAACUGCCAGACUGUUUUCUGACAUGGAUCCCCAUUUUAUUUUACUCAAACAUGGGAACCUCGCCAUCAUUCAAGGAUAAGCUGUCUGGCCCCCGGCUGGCCUCCUGGUGAGUUCAAGGCCCUAAUCCAGUAGCACAGCGGAACUCACACCACCCUGAGCCUGGGAAGAUGGUGUCACAGUCUACAGGCCGGCAGGAUUCUCCCGUGGACUCGUGGGAAAGGGACGGCAAUGACCCUGGCGACAUUGAUGGUUCUCCCAGCCUCCUGGACACUGACCAGUCCCCUUGCCACUCAGACGUCAGGUUCAUGAGGCACAAAGCUUCCUGGAUUAACCCCCAGUGUGAGCAGCAACAGCUGCAGGAUUUGCCCCCUCGGGGGCCGACAAGGGGGUACAGUGGGAGCCACUUUGGAGGGAACACCGCCUCUCCCCUCGGCCCCUCACCAUUGUCUCUUGGGGACUCCACGGUGGAGACAUCACUGUCGAAGGAUCCUGCAGACUCUGCCCAGGGCUCAGGUGACAAGAGCGGCGACCUCUCUUUUACCUCCACAGAAGAGCAGGCGGUGCUCCUAGGACACUCUCCUCAGAUGUCUCUGUUCACAAGCUCCUUUCCUGGUCCUGAAGCUGACCAUGCUUUGCUGCAGCCUUCCCAGCUGACAGCUUCCACCGAUGAAGGUAACUCCCGUCGGGAAUUUACCUCAUUCCCGUCUGUUCCCAUGCUGGCCUUGGUCUACAGCCUGUCUUACUGGCUUCCUCAUGAGAAAAAAGUCAUGCCUUUCCACUUUGAUCAGAGGCCGGUGCAUUACAAAUUAAAAAAUGCAAAAGAACGAAAAUCCUUUCUCCCGCGCUUUAGAAGUAUUCACUACUGGCUUUUUAGUGAGGAUCUCUUGGACUGUCAACACUCGGGAGUGGCCAUAAUAGACGGCCUCCAGUCCCCGCCCCAGCCUUCGCAGCUGCGGCGGGUCCAGCGCAAACCCAGCAGUCCAAGGCUUGAACCCCGGUGGGAAUGGGAAGCGGGGGGGGCGGAGGGCGGUGGGCUGCCAGCCGAGGUGAGCUGUGCUCCCCUCCCGACCCCCCCCCCCCGCCCUUGUGCUCUUGCAGAGUUUGUGAAGCGCCUGCGGUACUGCGCCUACCUGGGGAAGUAUUUCUGUGAUUGCUGCCACACGUACGAGGAGACCUGCAUCCCUGCCCGGAUCCUGACCACGUGGGACUUCAGGAAAUACUACGUCAGCCAUUUCUCCAGACGGCUGCUGGACAGCCUGUGGCACGAGCCCGUUUUCAAUUUGCUGAGCGUUGGCCCCGGCCUGUACGCCAAGGCCAAGGAACUGGACAGAGCGAGGGAAACCCGGGAGCAGCUUUUUCAUAUCAAGAAGAUGUUGAAGACCUGCAGGUUUGCUGAAAGCGAGCUAAAGGAGUUUGAGCAGGUGCCGAGGCACUUGACUGAUGAGCUCCACCUGUUCUCCCUGGAGGAUCUGGUCAGGGUCAAGAAAAGGCUGCUGGUGCCCUUGCUCAAGGACAUUCUAAAAGCUUCCCUCGCACAUGUGGCCAGCUGUGAGCUGUGUCAAGGGAAGGGCUUCAUUUGUGAAUUCUGCCAGAGUACAGCCGUCAUCUUCCCCUUUCAGACCGAGACAUGUAGAAGAUGUGCAGGGUGCAGAGCUUGCUUUCACAAGCAGUGUUUCCAGUCCUCCGAGUGCCCCCGGUGUGCGCGGAUCACAGCUAGGAGAAGACUUUUGCAGAGUUUACCUUCUGCAGCAACAUGAUGCCCUGAGUGUCGUGGAAAAGACUGUUCAACAUGCCUUAUAACACCGAUCCGUGUCUAUUAUUGAUCAUAUUGUUUCAGAUGCUGAGUAUUGUAUGUUAAGAAAAAAUGGCCAAUAUUGUUUUUUAUCGUAGAUAUUUAAUGUUUUAAAAAGAAUGCACGUUUUUUUGUUAUUAAGCAUAGGUUUGUUACUGGUGGUUUUGUUUACAAAUGUUCAGUGUUUUUGCUGCUACUGUAUUUUUUUAAAGAGUUUUUUUUUUUUUGAUACUUCUUAAAUCAUAUUUGAGUGGUUGUAUGUAGCUAAUAUUGGAACCUAUUUUUGUAUGAAUUGUAACUGACAAGACAAAUUACUCCGUUCGUCUUUCUAUAAAGCUUGUUUUUGUGAAAUGGACUGGUACUUUCAAUGGACAAAAAUGCAACCAUUGAUCCGUUUACUCCCGGUUUUUUUCCGACUUAAAUGCCAUUUUGUAAUUGUGUCCGUAUUACGGAUUUUCCUUAUUCCAGGGUUGGUAUAGAGAGUACACAUUACUUCUGCAGGUGCAUCGAUUUCAAGAGGAGCUUGAGUUGCUUAGCGGUGCCUGGAGCUGCUGGUUGAAGCUGUUGACUCUCUGUAGCUCUCUUAGAGGUGCACAAAUCCACCCUGCAUUUGCCAUCUCUCUUCCGCACACUAAGUCAAGGGAGGCACCGCUGAGUAGAACGUCAUCCCUGCCCUUUAGGAUUUCGUCUCAUUGAUAUAAAACUGAAUAUAAGGUAUUUACAGACUUAAAUUGUGAGAAACUACUGUUAAUGAACAAUGUGAUUUUAGUAAUAACAAUAAAAUCAUAGACAUCGAUUAAAAAGGUAAGGUAAAUCACUAAA